CCAGGGGAACGCGAUCUCAAAAGUUAUUUGCUCUGUGAUUUACAUUUACGAAAUAGCGCCAGAGCCAUCGCUCUACUUUGGUCUUUUUUAGAGUCGCUCAAACUGAUGUGCCGCACAUGAAGUGUCGCUCAUGAAGGAAGCGUAGAGCCAUGAGACACGAGGACGUUUCGCUCUGUCGUCCGCUUACAGUAAGGUACGUCCGUCAGAGAAAUAACUAGUCACCAAGAUGCCGUCCCCACAAGUCCUCCAACCGGUUCUUAAAUUAAAGGUUGACGAGCUGUUUUUCAACUGGUUGAGUGAUCCUGGGACACAGUCCGCCCUCAAAUAUGGCCUUGAUCUAAUUAAAAGUGGACAGUAUAACAGCUUGGGUAGUGGGAGAGCACAGGACAAAAGGUCGUUGAGUUUUAACGAGAACAACAACGUUGCAUCGCAGAAGAACCUUACAGAGAAGAAACCUGCUCCACUUGGUGCCUCUUCAAGCCCCUCGCCUAACAGCACCCUGCCUUCUCGCAGUAGCAGCAAUGCACGAAUAACAGGACCCAAUGGAAGACAACUACGGAGGUCUGUCAGCACCAAAAAGGCCCAGGUGAGGACGACGGAGCCGGUAACCACCGCACUGAGUGAAAGCAUUCCCAAGUUUUACUUCCCACAGGGCCGGCCCCAAGCCAACCUCAACAUCGACGGCCUCAUUUCCAAAAUUGAGAAAAUAUUUUCACAAUUCCCAAAUGAAAGGGCCACCAUUGAAGACAUGGGGCUGGUAGCCAAGGCCUGUGAGUGUCCCCUCUACUGGAAAAUGCCAUUGUUCUGCUCAGCUGGAGGCGACAGGACGGGUUUCGUCUCUGUACACAAGUUUGUGGCUAUGUGGAGAAAAACGCUGCAGACCUGUCACGAUGAUGCUUCUAAAUUUGUGCACCUCUUGGCCAAGCCUGGUUGUAAUUACCUGGAACAAGACGACUUUAUUCCAUUCCUUCAGGAUGUAGUGAACUCACAUGCAGGCCUGGCCUUUCUAAAAGAAGCGCCAGACUUCCACUCGCGAUAUAUCACCACGGUAAUUCAGAGGAUAUUUUACAAUGUGAACCGGUCAUGGACUGGAAAAAUAAGCUGCUCUGAACUCAGGAAAAGUAAUUUUCUUCAGAAUGUGGCGUUGCUGGAGCAGGAGGAAGAUGUGAACCAGCUGACAGAAUUCUUCUCCUAUGAGCAUUUUUAUGUGAUCUACUGCAAGUUCUGGGAGCUGGACACAGAUCAUGACCUCUACAUCGACCAGAGAGACCUGAUGCGGCACAAUGACCAAGCCAUUUCUCAGAAAAUGAUUGAAAGGAUCUUCUCAGGAACAGUUACAAGAGACAGGCGGGUGUUUAAGGAGGGAAGGCUAAGUUACUCGGACUUUGUUUGGUUCCUCAUCUCUGAGGAGGACAAGAAGACCGACACCAGCAUAGAGUACUGGUUCCGCUGUAUGGACCUAGAUGGGGACGGGGUGCUCAGCAUGUAUGAGCUGGAGUACUUCUAUGAGGAUCAAUGUCAGAAACUGGAGGCCAUGGCUAUCGAACCCCUUCCAUUCGAGGACUGCCUCUGCCAAAUGCUGGACCUCGUCAAACCUGAGGUGGAAGGUAAGAUCACUCUGCGGGAUCUGAAGAAGUGCAAGCUGGCCCAUAUCUUCUAUGACACUUUCUUCAACAUUGAGAAGUACCUGGACCACGAGCAGCGGGACCCUUUCUCUGUCAUUAGGGAGGCCGAGACAGACGGCCAGGAGGUGUCGGACUGGGAGAAAUACGCGGCGGACGAGUACGACAUCCUGGUGGCGGAGGACGCAGCUAAUGAUCACUGCAAUGAUGUGUAUGAUAAUCCUCUGAGCCCUCUGGGGCAGCACAUCUCCAGUGAGCUGGGUCUGACAAAGAAGCACUUCUUUGAGAUCCCCACUCCCCACUGCAACCUGGACAUGGAGGAAUACGAAUAUGAAGACGACUUUGAAUGAAUCCUGGAGCUGUCAGGCUUCACUGAAAAGCCCACUUAUCACUUUUCCUCUUCCAUAUACAGUCAACUUGUACAGUUUUCAUUAAAAAAGAAAAAAAAAGAUCAACAGAUGCAAAACUAAAGGAGUAACUGUAAAAACCAGACGCCUUAUAUUUUCAGUCAUACUUUUUUUAAAUCAUUGUUAUUAUUACCGGAGAUGACUUAAUAAUGUUGGAAGCUGUAACCGGGUUCUUUUCUUCCACACCUUCCCUCGUCACAUUUAUACGCUUUUUCUCCAGGUUAUCUUCAGCAUAACGGAUCAUUCAGGGAGUAUAAACGUUGGUGUUUGUAAUUAUGGCCACAGGUGCCAAAAGGCAUUCGUUCUACACCAGAGCUCCAUGAAUAGUUCACAGAAAAAAGGCCUUAUUGAUUAAAUUCAAAGAGGAUGUUUAUUGGCUAAUGUUACAUUCCAGUAAUCAUAUCAAAGGGGUUUUUCUGUCCUAGUCUAAGCCCUCUGCUCAAACCAAGCAUACCAUUCAGAUGCCCCCCCACCCCACCCUCAUACUGUACAUGUCUGCCUUCAUUAGGACUAUAAUGUUUGUCAGAGUUGGAAUUAUAAAUUAUUUGAAAUGAAUUUAUAGAGCACUGUACAUAUUUAUUAUAAUUUUGCCGUGUUGUAAAUGAUGUGGAGUUUUAGGCAUUUUUCUAUGGUUCAGAGUACUUCAUGUGAAUGUGCUUUUGCAGGAAAUAAAGGAACAUUUGGAGUUUUUUGGAAUGAAAAAAUAAAGCUCUGGUUAUAAAGCUAAA